GGACAUCCACAGCUAGAUCAGGUUUCCUAAUUACUAAAUUAAUAAUUAAAAAUCAGCAAAGUGAAUUCUGGUGUCCCUGCAGAGCCACUCUUAACAACAGUACGUUUGCAUUUUUGCUUCAUCAUGUAUCAACAGUGAAGCUGUCAGAACAGUUGUAGAACCAUUCAUUGGUCAGCCCUGAAUGGGAAUAUGUGGUGGUGAGGGGAGCUUGGUUCAGCAGGAGUCAACCAGGAGACCAGUGUGAAAUCCAAGGUACUACUGCAGACUUGACACAUCUGUAGGUUGCUAAGGUUCCCAUUCUGUAAGCAAAGCUGUGUGUGUUUCUUCAUAUGGUAUUUAAAAUCAGUGACUGUUACAAAAAUAGCUGCUGUAUAAUUAGAAGGCAGUAAUAGACUUUAAAAAUCUGUAUUUGCAGUUCACUUCUGUUAUGCUGUAUGCAUGUGAAGCCUGGGCUAGAGAAGUAUACUUUCUGGGUAGCAAAUGAUUAGCAUAAAUUUAGUAUGCGUUUGGAAGUUCAAGCCAGAGCAUAGGGAGCGUUGGCAGUACUGAGGCCAAAGCUCUCCCUGGUAGCUGAAUGACAGAAAACUGGCAAGUCGGGCUUCUUAGCUGUCAAUAGAGACAUGGGACAGGUCAGUGGAAAAACUUCUGUCACUACAGGUCAAGACUGAUAAACAGCGGUUUGUAAGGGAUGAAGAUACUGUGCUAGAAAGCCUUUGGAGUAGCAGACUGUGUUAUUUUAACUGGUUUUCAACAAUUUCUAAUAUUCUGUAUCAGGAACAGACCCUGCUUCUCUGAUUCUUAGAGCAUCGCUUGCUUCCUUACGACGCAAAGAAUGGAGUGUGUUCCUCUGUUUCUGGAUACUUCUCAGCUGAUGGUCUGAGUUCUGUGACAGAAUCUGUGGAAAGCAUGGAGGAGAGGUGAUAGGCCUAGUGCUUAAGAAUAAGAAUUUAGGUUGUGGGUGCCCCAUCCCUGGAGGCAUUCAAGGCCAGGCUGGAUGUGGUUGUGGGCAGCCUGGUCUGGUGGUUGGUGACCCAGCACAUAGCAGGGGGGUUGGAACUUGAUGAUUUUUGAGGUCACUUUCAACCCAGGCCAUUCUUUGAUUCUAUGAAGAAUAAUGGUUAGGACUGCGAGGAGCCUUGUACAGGAUGAUUUGUCAUGGUCCUUUCUAGGAAGAAGUUGAAGCUUCAUCAGAAAAGAUAGAAGAAAGUAAAUGGCCAUUAGCUGUACACUUCCCAUAAAAGAGAAUAAUCCUUUUUUUUUUUCCCUGUGGAAUUGCUUUUCUUAAGUAGGAUGAUGUAAGAAUCUUCCUGAGAAUGAAACAAUGGAUAAGAUUUAGGAGGGGCUUGCACAGAUGUUGUAAUCGGAUAUGUAAAUGGAGAAAAGGAGUGUAAUGUUAGAGUACUCUUUUGCCAGAGGAGUGAAAACUUAGAAGGAAAACUUAAGUGUAGCAAAAAGUACUAAUUUUCCUUGAGUACUUGGAUUUUGUUCUAGCUUUGAUUUAUUGUACAUGGCUCUCUUCUAUUGAUGAAGGAAAACACAGCUUGUGUAGUCCUUCAGCUUUAAUUUAUAAUCUUUCAAACUUGGUAGGGUAGAUGAGCUGUUGGUAAUGAGCAGAGAUGUUUUCUACCACUCUUAUCUGAUAAGCCAGAAAACUGUUGCUUAUAGACUUCUGUGGCUGUUUGGAGAUAUACACAAUGUGUAUAUAUUCACAAGUGUGAUAAAAUUGUGUGUGAAAAGGGGGAGAAGAAACAUCCUGCUAGAAACAACCUGCUGCUGGCUUCUGUUUGUCUGAGUAAGAUCUGCUGUUUGACUUACUGCUUGCAUUUUAUCACCUAAAAUGUAUUUUUAAAACCACUUGUCUGCUAUCUCAGUUGUUUUGGAAUCUUUCUGUUAGACGCAUUACCUCUUCAGCCUUACAGAAAGACUUUUCUUCCUGUCACAUCUGGUUCUGUCAGCUGGACUCUCAGGAUCAGUAGGAAGAGAAAUCUCCAUAAAGUACUUGCAGAGUGUAGCACAACUACAGCGUGCUGUAUGCUAGCUGUUGCCUUAACUUCUAUGUGAAACUGUUUUCUGUCUGGAUAUUUUUUCCACUGCCCUCCUACUAUUAGAGUGGCUUUAAGAGCUACCAUAUCUAUGCUGAACUUCAAUGUAUGGUAUAGCUUACUUUGUUCUAGCCCAACACACUGUAUAUGAACAAGUGCCUCUUCCUAUUGAGGAACUUUGUUCAGUGACUGUAAGUGCUUUAACAGAGGCUUCUGGGAGAAAUCUGUUAGCUGUCUCUCUAAAUGCAGUUGUUCUCUUGCCUUUCAGCAAUUCCAGUCCGAAGCUCCAGGCUGCCGCUAUUAUCUGAUGCCAUGCCAGCACCAACUCAUCUGUUCCCAUUGAUUCGUAACUGUGAGAUUAGCAGAAUAUGCAGUACUAUGUGCUACUGCCACCAUAAACAUCUGUGUUGUUUAUCGUCUCACUUUGCUCAUGGUCACUUCAGGUAUGCACCUCAGAAGAAAUUUGCAGCACUCUAUAGGCCAAAGGAGAACUUCUAUCAGUUUAUUCACGCGAGGGAUUAUGCUUCUACGCCACAGAGGUUUUACCUCACUCCUCCGCAGGUCAACAGCAUCCUGAAAGCAAAUGAAUACAGUUUUAAAGUCCCAGAAUUUGAUGGUAAAAAUGUAAGUUCUAUCCUUGGCUUUGACAGCAACCAGUUGCCUGCUAAUGCUCCAAUAGAAGACCGGAGGAGUGCUGCCACUUGCUUACAGACAAGGGGGAUGCUACUGGGUGUGUUUGAUGGCCAUGCAGGUUGUGCUUGUGCUCAAGCUGUCAGUGAAAGACUGUUUUACUACAUUGCUGUCUCCUUGUUACCUCAUGAGACUUUACUUGAAAUAGAAAAUGCUGUGGAAAGUGGUAGAGCUCUCUUACCUAUUUUACAGUGGCACAAGCAUCCCAAUGAUUACUUCAGCAAAGAAGCGUCCAAGCUGUAUUUCAAUAGUUUAAGAACUUACUGGCAGGAGCUCAUUGAUCUCAAUAGUGGAGAGACUACUGAUGUGAAAGAGGCUUUAAUUAAUGCUUUUAAGAGGCUCGAUAAUGAUAUUUCUCUGGAAGCUCAAGUAGGAGACCCAAAUUCUUUUCUCAACUACCUAGUACUAAGAGUAGCGUUUUCUGGUGCAACAGCCUGUGUAGCCCAUGUAGAUGGUGUUGACUUGCAUGUGGCAAACACAGGAGACAGUAGGGCGAUGCUUGGAGUUCAGGAAGAGGAUGGAUCUUGGUCUGCAGUUAAUCUUUCCUAUGACCACAAUGCACAGAAUGAACGUGAAGUGGAACGUGUGAAAGCAGAGCAUCCGAAGUCUGAAGAAAAAAGCCUUGUGAAACAAGAUCGUCUCUUAGGCCUUCUGAUGCCUUUCAGAGCUUUUGGUGAUGUGAAAUUUAAGUGGAGUAUUGAACUACAGAAGAGAGUAGUUGAAUCGGGCCCAGAUCAGCUAAAUGACAACGAAUAUACAAAGUUUAUUCCUCCGAAUUAUCACACUCCCCCAUACCUCACAGCUGAGCCAGAAGUCAUACAUCACAAGUUAAGGCCACAGGAUAAGUUUCUGGUUUUGGCCACGGAUGGGCUGUGGGAGACUAUGCACAGGCAAGAUGUGGCUAGGAUUGUUGGGGAGUAUCUCACCGGCGUUCACCAUCAGCAGCCAAUAGCUGUUGGUGGUUAUAAGGUGACUCUGGGACAGAUGCAUGGUCUCUUAACAGAAAGAAGAGCAAAAAUCUCUUCAGUAUUUGAAGAUCAGAAUGCAGCGACUCACCUGAUACGCCAUGCAGUGGGCAACAACGAGUUUGGAGCUGUGGAUCAUGAGCGGCUGUCCAAGAUGCUUAGUCUUCCAGAGGAGCUGGCUCGAAUGUAUAGAGAUGACAUUACAAUUAUCGUGGUGCAGUUCAACUCGCAUGUUAUAGGUGCAUAUCAAAAUGGGGAACUGUGAAUUUUAAUGUAGUGAACUAGUUACCAAAGCUGUAACAAUGGCCAGUAUGAGCAGCAGAUGGGAAAAAGACAAAUUCAAUAAGCAAACAAAUUUCUUGCUUGCUAGAUUUAACAUAUCUAUUGUUUCUGCCUUCCCCCAGAGCUCUAAAUACAAGAGAAGUGCUAUUGACCUAAUAUAAACUUGAAGAGGAUGUCUGGGAAAAGAGAUUUUUGUAGUAACUUUGCACUAUUGAUUUCAUGAAUGCUGCUAGAACAAUGCCUUGAAUUUGGCAGAUCUGGAUGAGGGAGGGAAGGAGGAUAAAGGAUUAAAUACCAAGCAUUUGGUUGUUCAAGAAAAAGCCUGUUAACAUCUGCAAAUAUUCAUACUCUUAAAAAAUUGAGUAACAAGGAAUACAAUACUGUUGCAAGAAUUCUCCCUGUAAGAAUUCAAAAUAAGUGUGGUUGCCUGUGAGUAUAUUGUCAGCCUUUUCCUCUGAGUAGGAGGAUAACUUAACCACGUAGGUCUUUAAUGUAACAAAGUUGUCUUGCUCUCAUACAGACGAUGUCAUUCACUUAAGAAUAUUUGUCUAAGUGUUGACUUUCAAUGCAGGUCUAAGCCAUAAUCAGUACUUGAGAUUCUGUUAUAGCUUAAUUGUAUCUUAUACACAGUAACUUCUAAAUGUCUGUGCAUCAGUUGCUUUUUGGCUUGUAGGUUCCUGUGCAACUUGUGGGGCAGUAAUACAUUACAACGUGCAGUAAGUGAUCAAGUAAAGUUGUGGAGGACCUCAGUAUGAAGCAAGUUUCAGACUCUUUGAAGAGUCAGUGUUUCUGGUCAAGACCAUUGGGUUUCCUAAAGGUCAUGUCCUUUAUGGACUCCAUCCCUGUCUGGUGUUUCUUAUCUGGGAGGAUAAAUUUUCACCUGAGAAAAUCAGGAAAUCAUUGCUAACCUCAUUGUGGCUUUGUAAUUUGCACUCAUUUUUCUCUUUGGCUAUUUCAAAUAGUGACAUAUUGGAUGCCUUGCACUUGAACACAUAUUUGUAAGUAUGUCAGGUUGAAAACUACAGAUUACAAAAUGAAGUAUGGUUUGUAAAUAGAAUUUCAGUUGGAAACUGACUGGCAUGCAUGUAUAUGUUUAAUGGCUUUUUUCUAGCAACUUUAUUAGCAGCUUUUUAUCUCUGGACAGCCGGUGUAUGCAUGUUCUUACAGUCCAGAAUGUGUUAUCACAACAGUCUCUUGAAUGAGCCUCUCUGGCUCGUGGUUGAAUUUAAACUUAAAAGGUAGUGUCCUGGGCUAUAACUUGUGUGCCUAAAGUUGUUGGGCUCAUAACUGUAACAAGUGGGGACUGACAACUCAUCUAAUGAUCAUCUUUUGCAUCUGUUUUAGGUAUGUUGCAUUGCAUAACUUGCUCUUCAGCUGCCCUUACUUCAAAAACCCAAGUGCUAUCUGAAAUACCAGUCCCUGGUGACUGAUAGAACACUUGUAACUUGAUUCCUGUGUUCUGGAUGAACUCUUAAACAAUGAUAGGUCAGCAUAUUUUAUUUCAUGGAGGUGUUUCAGUUAAAAUAACUUCCUAGCCUUCAACACAGCAAAUAAUAAAAAUUAAUUAAAAACCUAGCUUUGAGUAAUGUGGCAUUUUCCACUAAAAAAAUAUUGCCAGUUAAAGCUAUUACCUACAGGAUAUUCAGUACCAACAGUGAUCCUGUGCUGUAGUAAACAUUGGGUCCGCAAACUCAAAAGUGCUGUGUACACCUAGUGGCCUGCAGCUUUAAUAUGUCUGUUUCUUUACCCAACCUUAAGAAAUCAACUUUGCAAUAAGGUUAUUGAUAUCUUAAGUUCACAUUGAAGGUGUGAACAACCCUUCUUUAUUUGAAGGGGAAUGGGGAACUCUAAAAUGCUUAGAUAAGUACUGGCUCUUGACAUUGCUUCUAUGUUGUUCUGGUGACUAUCAUUAGCUAGGUCAAUAGAUUUUGUGUUCUAUCAUUCAAAUAUAGUAUGUAUCUAAGCUGUUACAGUAUUUAACUUUCCUACUUUUUUUUUUACUGUUAAAGCUCUAUUACAUGUACUGUUGUAUUUAACCUAUGUUUCUUCAUCUGGAUCCGGGACAAGCCAUGGCUAGAAGAACUGAAUAUUGGUCCCAUGUAUGAAACUUCUAUUGAGGAAAAGCUGCUUUUUGUAGUAAAGGUGCAUAUGUAUGGGGUCAGACAAUAGUAUUUAUGUAUUGCUUGGAAACUUGCUCAGUAUGUAUGCAGUGAAUAGAAAUAGCAUAACUGCCUGCUGAACAGGUGAUCUGAACAAACAUUUUAAGAGAUUCCAAUAAAAUGAUCAAUUAUGCAGAA